AUGGAGAACAGAAAGACAGUGCGGAUGCAUUCGUGGGACAGGGUUGUUCCUGCAGGGCGGAGCUCGGUGGCCUUAGGCGGCCGGCGGGAGCCUGGGGCGACGGGCGAUGGGGUGGGGAAGGAGGAUCUGCUCCAAGCGCCCCUUCGUCGGCCUGGUGGGGGGUCCCCGCGGACACACGUGGCAGCAGGGGUGAUGAUAGCAUUUGAAGAUCUGGUUGUGUACUUUACCUGGGAGGAAUGGCAGAAUAUGAACAAAGCUCAGAAAAUCCUAUACAGGGAUGUGAUGCUGGAGACCUACAGCAGCCUGUUUUCUUUGGGGUACUGUAGGACCAAACCUGAUUUGAUUUACAAGUUGGAGCAAGGAGCAGAGCCGUGGAUGAUAGAAGAAUGCCUAAGUCAGAGCCUUCCAGUUGCCAUGAAAAAUGAUGACAUAAUUAGGGCCAACCAGGAGAUUCAAGAAAAAAAAUUAAAUCAUAAUGUUGUGAUGAAUAACAAGAUAACACCUCCCAAGAGGCUUGGAUUAAGAAAAACAUUUAAUUUAUGUUCAAGUCGUAUUCUAAAACCAAUUAUCAAAAAGGAGAAUUAUUCAGGAAUGAAACCUGAGGAAUUCAAUGUAUGUCACAAUGUGUAUCCUCCCAGUGGGCUUGAUAAGCUGCAAGCUGGAGGGACAUUUGAUGUUGCUAAGGUACCUGGGAACUCUCUCCAGUGCUGUCAGUCUCUUCAUCAGUAUCACAAGAUGAAGACUGUGGCACAGUCAUUUGAACAUAGUGGAAAAGGGAAAGGUUUCAAAAAGAAGAAGAUAUUUGAGAGGGUUCAUAUGGGAGAAACUUGUUGGAAAGAAACUGUUGGAAAGAAAAGUCAAAUAGAAAAAAGUUUCCAUAAAAAUACUAACCUCAAUAAGCACCAACAAACUAACACAGGAGAGAAACUCUAUGAAGACAUAUGGUGUAUGGAACCUCUCACUUACAAAUCAGGUCUUACAAUAAAUCAGAGAGCUCAUAUAGGGAAAAAACCUUAUGCAUGUAAACCUUGUGGAAAAUCAUUCAAUUUUAAGUCCUGCCAUGCCAUCCAUCACAGUAUUCAAACACAGGAAAACCCCCAUGUGUGUAGUGAAUAUGGAGAACCUACUUCCCAGAAGGCAGAUCUCAUUGGACAUCAGAAAAUUCACACAAAGAAGCAACUUCAUGAAUGUAAUGAGCAUGGAAAAGCCAUUUUCCAGAAAUCAUACCUCAUAACACAUCAGAGAAUUCACACAGGGGAGAAGUCUCAUGAAUGUAAUGAUGGUGGAAAAGCCAUUUUGUGCAAGUCAGACCUCCGCAAACAUCAGAGAAUUCAGACAGAGGAGAAAUCUUUUGCCUCUGUACGGGCGCUAGGUGUCCGGGCGCUAGGCGCCGAAAAACAGGAGGCGCGGAACCAGGCGAAAAAUCCCCCAAAACGGGUAACCAACAGAGUAAUGGCGGAGCGCGAUUUUGCCACUCCCGUCACCGCCCCAAAAUUGAAGCCCAGCCCAGAGCCGCCAACGGCCACCCCGGUGGCGGGGAUGGGCCCCAAAUCCACUACGCCCCUAUUUGCGAUAGAGUUGCUUGAAUCCAUACUUUUAACCCGCCAAUUGACCUGGGAUGAUUAUUGGAAGCUUUUUCAGGCCCUUUUAAAUAUGGAAGAAAAGCUUUUACAGAUUCUUUUUGCGGAGGCUCAAGAGAGCGUCUCGGGGAACAAUAAAAAAUCGCGGCUGGAUCGAGAUCAAUGUGCAUCCUGCAGAAAAAGAGGACAUUGGCAUAAAGAUUGUCCAGAUAAAAACGACAGUCGGUAG